AUGACGCUAGAGCUUGAACUAAAUGGUGAUGGUGACCACCAUCAGCCAAACAAAAGGGAUCAAAUAAAAGCAAAAAAUGAGGACGAAAACCUAACGAUGACCUCUUGCGGAAUUGGCUCCUUCCGACCGAAGUGGAUGCAGGUGUUCGCCACGCCCGUUUGGUUUCUCGUCAACAUUAGCUUUGUUGGAAUUUGCCAGGGCAUGGCGGGCAGCCUCAUCUUCACGGUGAUGAACACGCUGGAGAAAAGAACUCCUCUGGUAAACGCAAUGCUCAACGCGACGUGCAACUCCCACUGCGCCUGCUCAACGCGCGUUUUCACGCCCAUCUGCGGACCGGACCGCCUGACCACUUACUUUAGUCCUUGUCACGCCGGCUGUGCCUCAUACAAUGAGCUUAAUUCGACAUUUGGAGAGUGUUCAUGUUUUGAGGGCAUUGCCACUAAGGGCUACUGCCCCAAGGACACCGAGUGCAGCAACCUGAACUGGUUCCUAGCGCUGAUGAUGCUGGGAACGCUGGUCUCUUCAACGGCAAAGACAGGUACCGAAUUAG